AUGAACUGCAAAUGGCUCUGGUUGCUGGCAUUUGCUCUGAUAUUUGGAUUCAGCUCUCUGACAGAUGCUAGAAUACCCUUUAGACCUAGACCACCGCCACGUAGACCACCACGAAAAGGUGGGAAUUGCAAUGUACCUCCAAGAAGAAGAACUGAUUGUGGAUAUCCUGGAAUAUCAAGACGAACAUGUUUAAAUAAAAAAUGUUGUUUUGAUAGCAGAUACAAGAAUGCAAAAUGGUGUUUUUAUCCCAGGUCAGCUGGAAUUUCCCAGAUUUUGGGACAAUAG